AUGCCGGAUAGGAGCAUCUCACAAACACUUGAGCAAUUCGGACGAAUGCUGGCGGCCCUGCAUACUAAAGCGGUAGAGAGCUGUACGAAGCACGCUAUGAGAGAUGCUAAACAGCCCGCGUCGCGUCUUGUUUUUCUCAUGUUUGUUCGCGAGCGAAGCCUUGGUGAUGCAACUCAUCUCUUCGAACAAGAAGCAGUGGCGGUGUUUCUCCAUGGAGCAAUUGAUUGUGCACCGCAACCCAAUGAAGCUCUCAAAGCAAAAAGUGUAUGGAACGCCAAGAUGAUGCAUCACGAACGGGACAUCGCCAAUAGAGGCAAGUCAAGAGCACAUACAUGGUAUCUCUCUGAGGCAAAGUCGAGUGCAACAACCCAAACACCCUGUCCAUGGCGCCGGUGGGUUUGCACAUCUGCAUCUGCAUCAACCCGUUCCGGUAGCUUCGUCUUCUUGCUCAAUCUCUUGGCCAGAUUGGGUGACAUGAUCUACCAAAACGCCCAGCGCCAAGUAGGAAAAUCCCCAUCUUCUGCUUCUCUCCCUAGCCCACAUCGCGCUUCAGUCGCGGCCCACAAUCGGUCAACGGAGUCCAAGACGGCCUUGUCUUCCUGUCUUACUGUUAUAAUGCAGCCCAGCCAGCCAGCGCGCAGGACGAUCACAUCUACACUACGACUGCGACACCGCCGCCGCAUCGCCAAGGCGUACCUCGAAACGUCCGGCUCAACGCCCGCGAAGAGGGUCCAUGUCGAUGAUAAGAGUGACGGACUCAUCAACUAUUACCUUCCCGCCGUGGCAGUGGUGUGCAUUUGUAAAAGGCUACCAGAGGGAAACAAGCAGAAACACCAAGCGGUGACUAUCGCAUCGCACGGCCUGCCUCGAUGCACCGCCCUCUCAUAUCUCCAUAUCUCAGUGUCCGGCCACCGAGAACUAGUCGUUGCAUCGUCAACGACGAUGCUCUUUGAAUCGUCCAUCAGCCUACCAUCAACAUUCUUCACCAUCCUGGCAACCUGGGACAUUUGCUGUAUCUACACCGUGACAUCCCCUGUGGAGCGUUCUAUUGAUGGAGUCUUCUUGGCAGUAUUGGAACUUGUCGGUUGUCCAAGCAAGUCCAAGAACCAAGACAUGCAAAGUUGCAGAUCAUCCGGCGCCCCAACCGAGGAUCAUGUUCAACCACCUCAGUCCAAGCAAACCCCGGCCAACGAAGAAACCCCCGAUGCGGCCGGCAAGUCUCCCAUGUCCGGGUCACCUGGCCGGGUUUGGGCGUGUUCCAUGUCGUUAUCAAUCAACUUUCUCUACCAUCCUUCCAUGUCGGAUGUACCGUGUUCUCCCUCCCUUGCUGCUCCGUGUAUGGAACCCGACUGGACGGGUCUGGCCCGGCGUAUCUUCCGGCGGGCUACCUCCGGCGGCGCCCAACGAAAAGACGGCCGGACCACCGUCGACGAGUCGUGCAGCGAAGCCAAGGUGCAGGGGCGAAGAGGGUUCGCGGCCCUGAAUUUCGAAAAGCAAUAUAGAAUAAGCUUCAUUCCUUUCGGUCUGAUAUUUUUUAACACCCUUCGAUUAAUCUAUCCUAAUCGCCGCCGGCUGACAUGGCAAUCUAUCGCCAUGCUACACAUUCAACCACUCAAGAACUUUACUGUUGAUGUAGUCAUCAAGCAGCAGGUGUCAAGACCAGAAACUGCAGACAUUGGCCAUUCUCGCUUCAUUGAUAGGUGCAUGUGGCAAAGACCAAAGACUGCUAGACAAGAUAUUGCAAACAUCAAAAACUUGCUCCAUACGACGGGGCUGGCAGCGCCCCGUAAUCCCACACUAACACCCGGUAUCCACAAUCAAAGAGCCCCUCGACUCGAGGUAUCCGUACACCUAACGCGGAUAUAUUGCUGUCUAGAACAGUUCCACCUAUUGGUGUUUCCGCGAACCUCUGAACUGCAAGAUCAGCAGCCGCCCAUAGCAGCCUAUCACGAGCACCGAAAUUUCAACGACAUCGAUGAUCGGCUUCCUAUUCGUGUUGGUGUUUGCGUCACUGAUACCAAGGCUCGUAGACGAUCCGAGAAUCAUACGAAAAUUUCACGGAGCAGCCUUGACUUCUUCUUCGUACUUUGUGCAAGUUAUUUACACUCAUUGAUACAGUCGGUCAGUGGUUUGGUCGAUCUUUCGAGCAAUAACCCUCUUCUUGUUAAGCUCACUGUCUUGAACAACGGCAGUAAUAGAUGGAUUCCUGUCCUUCGUGGACACAUACAGACGUAUCCCUCAGCACCCUCCAUCGAGGAGAUGUUCAGGAACUUCUUGACUGGUCCACGGGCACUGCUACGGGCAUUUCCAACUUCAGCUCAAGGGAUCACUGUAUUGAGCGAUGGAACCCCCACUGUCCAGAGCCGGUUUGACAGCAAGACGGCGGUGAAAGACACAGGUUUCGUAGACUCACCCCGGUGGAUCAGGGGUUGGUUUACCAAAUGCUCAUGUGCAAACAUGUACGAAGAUGACCUUGAUGGCUUGAAGGUUUGA